AUUUCUGUUCUUUUUCAAUCUAUGUUGCAGAGGCGAUAUGGCAAAUGAAUUUGAGGGAACUGGAGUCCGAACUAUAUCUUGAGCAUCCAGGGGGAUCUGAGGAUAUAACCAGUAUCAACAUAGGCCGGGCUACCUUGAGGGCGGUGGGGUGCCAAACGAGAGGCAGACAUGCUUGGGCUCACGGAUCUCAGCCUCAAGGUUGGUGCAAAGAAUGCAGUAUGAUUAAUGUUGCAUUGCAAGAGUUAAUAAGUAAGAGAGAACUGCCAGUUCCACAGCAAGAUUUAAAUGCGAUUAAUAGAGAACAACCAUCUCUUGCUGUGAUUCUUAUCGUUAUUAAAAGAAAGUUGGAGGAUGAAGUCGAAACACACAACAACCUUUCAUCCAAAAUGUCUCAUGGGCUAGUCCGUCGCUCUAUUUUUGAUGGAAGUCCUAACCCUCUGUUCUUAUGCAAUAAAUUAGUUGACUCCGUACCUCUUAUAACUCUAGAGUUCAGUUGCAUUGAAUCCUAGAAUUGUGAAGCUUGGAGCAGCAAACGAGGCGAUUAAACCCCAGAAUUGUGAAGCUAGAGCAACAAACGAGGCAAUUGAACUCCAUAAUUUUGAAGCUGGGGCAACAAACUCAAGAAUUGUGAAGCAGAAGCAACAAAUGAGGUGAUUUAUACACUAGAAUUGUUAAGCUGGAGCAACAAAUGAGACAAUUGAACUAUAGAAUUGUGAAGCUGGGGCAACAAAUGCGGCGAUUGAAGCCCAAAACUGUGAUGCUAGGAGAAACAUCUAAAAUCAACAAGGAAUGUGUAAAUUCAGAAAUACAUUUCAGCCAUCUCAUGCUAUAACUUUUUUUGUUGUGAGAACCCAAUCCAAGCACUCGCCCUUCAUGCUCGUCGAGUUUGUAGUGAGAACCCUGUACAAGAACUCACCCUUCAUGCUUAUGAAGGAGGAGAAAAAGAGAGGGAACUUCGAAUGUGAAAGAAAGUUGAAUUGGAGAGAAUGCCCUUGGAUGAGGUAUAUUGGAUAUUUUAUGUUGUAAAAUUUUAAUGUUAA